AUGGCUUCGACCUAUCAGAUGACGGAGCGAAACCCAAAACCUCACAACGACGUCGAAAAGGGAAAUGCCUCCGGAGGCUACAGCCGUUUAGGCGAUCAUCUGGCUCCGACUGGCACCUCCAACAGCCCCGUCUCCCCCCAUGUCGAGAAUUCUAGAAACUCGAGUUUCAUACACGACGCUACACACUUUGACUACACCAAGGCUGGCCCUCAGCAGUACCGCGUGGCCAAGGGUGACGUACCGGACAACACUGUUACCCGUUUCUACCACUACCUCAUCGGAGCUUCCAUUGUCACAAGAUGGGCUCUGUUCAUCAUCCCCAUACUGGGUUGUCUGUGGAUUCCCGGCAUCUUGGGACUCACCGUCUAUAAGAAGCAGGGCACAGGCCCCCUUGGGGGCGGUAACUGGUGGAAAACAAUCCUCUUCUGGUGGUCUGUUUGGCUCAGCGUCUGGUGGGCCGGAUAUUGGGCAGCUCUGGCCUUUAGCUUUGUCCUCCCCAAGAUAUUGCGGUAUACACUUGGCGUUAUUGCGCUGAGCGUUCGGAAAUAUGCAGACUGGCUCGCCGCCAUCCAUCGUUAUGUCGCCAUCUUCCUCUGGGCAUUGGCUUCCUUCAUCUCCUUCCAACCUUUGAUCAGGAACAACCAGCAGAGUGACGCAAGUGACAGUGACAAGCGCGCAUUGGUAGUCUGCUGGCGUAUUUUGCUCGGUAUCCUCAUUUGCUCUGCUAUUCUCCUCGGCGAGAAAAUAUUUAUUCAAGCAAUCGCUACAUCCUUCCACGAGCGUUCAUACGCAGAUCGAUUGGAAGCACAGCGUCGCAAUACCAGAACACUCGUUACGCUCUACAUCAACUCUUCUGAUCAACCUGGCCGAAUAGAUACCCUCCAUGAUGGUCCAGCUGGUGGUCAAGGAAAGAUUGAUCCCAACCGACUCCUAAGGACAGCAUUGAAGGGAAUCAAAGGCGCAGCUCAGACGACUACACAAGCAUUUGGCAAUGUCGCAACCGAAAUCCUAGGAAGUAGCGUCCUACAGCCAAAUUCCCCUCAAGCCAUCGUCGCGCAGGCCUUGUCAUCGGCGAAUAAGACUCGCCUCUUGGCCCGACGUCUCUUCUACUCGUUCAGGAAGAAUGGAUCAGAUGUCCUCCUCAUCAAGGACAUUGAAGAAUAUUUCCCAAACGCAGAAACGGCUCAAGAGGCUUUUGCCAUGUUCGAUCGUGAUGGAAAUGGUGACGCUACGAGAGAAGAAAUGGAAUUGGCUUGCAUGGAUCUUCACAGGGAACGACUCGCUCUUGCGAGCUCGAUGCGUGACAUCGACUCUGCCGUUGGCCGUUUGGAUAAUAUCCUCAUGACGAUCUAUGUUGCGGCUGCCGGUGUCGUCUUUGCCGUCAUUCUCGACGCAGCCGUUUCGACGUUGCUCAGUGGCGCUGCGGCAUUCGUUCUGGCCUUGAGCUGGCUCAUUGGUAGCUCGAUGCAGGAGAUCUUGGCUUCGAUCAUCUUCUUGUUCGUCAAGCAUAUGUAUGAUGUUGGCGACCGCGUCGACAUUGACGGUAAUACGUACACCGUCAAAGAGAUUCGACUCCUCAGCACCAUCUUUAUUGACACAAGAGGAUGCCAGGUCCAGGCCCCCAAUGUCAUGCUAAACGGAAAGUUCAUCUAUAAUCACCGACGAAGCCAACAAAUGUCCGAACCUUUUACAUUUGAAGUCGCCUGGGAUACUACGUUUGAACAACUUGAGGCACUUCGCGCUCGCAUGCUUGCCUUUGUCAAAUCUGAGCGACGUGACUUCCUCCCGGUCUUUGACAUUAUCGUCGACAGUUUCAGCGACCAGUCCAAACUUUCAGUCAAGGCAGAUAUCAAGUACAAGAGCAAUUGGCAGCAAGGUGCCCUCAAGGUCCAGCGUCGUAACAAGUGGAUCUGUGCCCUCAAGGCUGCCCUCAAGGAGACCAAAGUUUGGGGACCUUCUGGCGAUCCAGGAGCUGUCGCAGAUCCUACCGAAUAUACUCAAGUGCCAUGGGAAGAGGUCAAGGCCAAGAAAGAGGCAGCGGCGCAUCCAGAGUAUGCGGCCAGGGAGCCACUAAUCCCUCGCGGAACGUUCCAGCUUGUGGAUAGGAAUCAAGUCGUCCUCGAUCAAAGUCAAGACGUCUUUGGUGAAGGAAGAGACAUGAACAUGACCUCGCCUAAACAGACGGGUGGACGCGGCCGUGUGGCUUUUGCGCCGACGGGUCGUCCAACUGCCGAGGGUGUCUUUGCUCAGCAGCAAGGUCAGGCUUCUGGUGCCGGUCACUCGGCGGCUCCUGCCGCUGCUGCAGGCGCUGCCGCGGGUGCCUCCGCUGCGAUUGUCGUCUCUAGUGCAGACGCAGACGACGGAAACUGA